CCGGUAGUUACCAUCUUCCGGUUACCUCUUAUGAAUUAAACACAACAACAAUUACGGAUUGCAGGCCUAAUUCAGAUGUAGAUAUGAAAAGUCUAAUCUAGGUGAUCAAUCUAAACAAGACUAACACAUCAUGGUUAAUUAUUCAAAAUAACACAAGCAAUUCCAAAAAGAUAUUAAAAUCAUCAACUAAAUAAUCAAUCAAAACAUAGUCAAGUCGUAGGGUUCGAUUUCCCCGGAACUAGAAUAAAGAAACUACUCGUUCAUAGUGUUCAAAGACAUAAUCAAAGAAUUAAUUACACAAGAAAGAAGAAAAGAAAAGAGAAUAAAAUUCUUCUCUAAUGUUCGCUUGCACGGUUGCUGUUUUGCUCGCGAUCCCUUUUCUCUCUGUUAUUCUCCAGCCGCAAGAAAGUGUUCCCAGGUCAAAGAAUAAUGAAUAAUGUCCCACGGUCCAAGCAUGAAAAAGAAUAAUCCCCUUUCCUAAUCAAAACAAAUUGAUAUAUAUCCAAAUAUCUCACGUCUCUAUCCUCUAAUUAAAUCCUGGUCAACAUGGUCUUCCCAACUUAGGCCCACUUCAACUCUACAGCUUGCAGCCCAAUUGGAUAAAUUUUCCUGCCAUAUACGUAAAUUGCAUGGGCUUCUCCAUGUGUAUGGGCCCGCUGGGUCAGUACGGGGGUAGCUGGGUCAGUACGGGACGACCCCGUACUCGCUGAUAACACCACUCGUCCUUCUUCCGAACAUCCACACCACUUCGUGCAACAAAAAUAGCUCCAAAAGUACUGAAAAUCACUCAAAAAUUCAUCAAGGCACGAGAGUUGAUAAUAAUAUCAAAUAAGUCAAAAGAUGCACAAAUGUAGAGAGUUAAGCGUGCACAAAUGCAACAUUAGACCAUUAAUAUAAGCACGAUUUCCGACGAAUCAAUGGUGAUACUUAUCACUUGAUUGCAAAGAACUGCAACCAUUUUUGCAAGAAUGUGUGUUUCAAGCUGACCGGAAAAAGGAUCCCGAAAUGGGUGAAUCGGCUGGCCCAAAUGGGGUCUAUGUUCAACUGCGUUCUACCGGAUAACAUUAAGGUUAAUGCCGUGCAACACAACCCAAAAAACCGAUCCUAUAACGAUAGCGAGAAAAUGAGGCUAAGAAGGAGUUUCAAUUCUCUCUCGUCAAUCUCUACAAGGCAAAAGCACCUUUCGACUUCUUCAUUGUUGCUACAGUCCCCUUUGAAAGGGUGCCUAUGCCCGUGGGAACUAAAGAGAUCCGUAAAUGGUUCCCUAAAAGCGUGGAAAUUGAAAAUGGCCAGUUUGGAAAAUAUUCAGAAUGGCCCUCGUCGGUUUUUAGGACUUUAUUUUUGUGGUAUCAGGCAAAAUGAGCCAAUUGAUAUCAGCUCUUUGAGUUAAUUAUGUGUUGAUCAUGAACAGUUUUUGUGCCCAUCAACCUCCACUAGUAUAGAUGUGUGUAUUCUUAUGUUAGUGACAGAUAAUAUAUGAAUCAACUAGAUUUUACCUACAUAAAUGUAUCACCAUGUUUGUGAUUUGUUUGUUGCUGUAUUUCUUGUAUAUAUGGAAUUUCUUGUUGGUGCAAGCAUCAUAAGAUAAUUUAUGUUCUCAUGCUNUGCAUGUUGUU